GUGGCACUCAAGUAUAGACGGAUAAAAGAACCAUUUUCAUUACAUAUUACACCCCAUAGAUCUUCAUAUUUUCUUUGCAACCCCUCUUCCAAGUUUUACUCUAUACUCUGUUUCCAUGGCUAGCUUGAGCUUCAUCAUUGGCAUUAUUGGUAAUCUCAUUUCAAUUCUGGUUUUUGCUUCUCCCAUAAAAACCUUCUGGAAGGUUGUGAAGAAGAAAUCAAUAGAGAAUUACAAAGCGGUUUCGUACAUAACAACUCUGCUCAGUACAAGCUUGUGGACUUUCUAUGGACUUCUCAAGCCAGGAGGCCUCCUAGUUGCGACUGUCAAUGGCGCCGGCACCAUCCUUCAGCUGAUUUAUGUCAUUCUCUUCAUUAUCUAUGCUCCUAAGGACAAGAAGAUUAAAACAGCAAAGCUGGUGGCCUUACUGGAUGUGGGCUUUGUAGGGGCAGUAAUUGUAGUAACCUUAUUUGCAAUGCACGGAAGUAAUCUCCGGCUGACCUUUGUUGGGAUUGUUUGUGCCAGAUUAACCAUAGGCAUGUACGCAUCGCCAUAAUCCGCUAUGGGCACGGUGAUAAAGACCAAGAGUGUUGAGUACGUGCCAUUUUUACUCUCCUUUUUCCUCUUUCUCAAUGGGGCUGUUUGGUCUAUUUAUUCAGCCUUAUUGAAGGAUAUUUAUAUUGGAGUAAGUUACUGUCGUUCUCUUUGUCUAACAUUUGAUUACGAGCUACAUAAAAGAGAUAUAAUAGAGAUAGUCUUGCUUU